GACGUGCUCAGUGGCGUCUUAAUCUCCGCCCUCAUCUUGUCCUCCACCUACCCGUACUGGGAGUCCAUCGAUCGGUUCCAGCUCUCCAGCAGCUUCUCCCCCCUGCUGGGCGUGUUUCUCCCCCUCUUCCUCAGCUACUCUUACCCCCAGUUGGACCACUACAGCACCACCAGGGGGGACACCACCACCAUACUGGGGGCGUCAGGAGGCUGCUGGGUGGGCUACUGGCUGGACCAUCAGCUGGGGGGACCGCUUCACCCUCUGGGGGAGAAGAUACCUGCACGUCUCCCCCCUCUGACGUUAAACUCUGUGUUUCGUGGAGGCGCUCGCUCCCUGCUGGGAAUCGUAGCUUUACUGGGAACUCGCCAGCUGGUGAAGACCCUCAGUCUGAAGGCGCUGUUCUCCUGCUACAGCGUGGAGAACAGUGACCCCAAUGCGAGGAGGAGGAGAGAAAUCGAAGUGCCGUAUAAGUUCGUCACGUACAUGGCUGUGGGGCUCGUUAACUCGAUAUUAGUCAACAGAGGGUUUGUUCUACUGGGGCUACUAUGACGCGUUACACUGAAAGAACUGAAACGUUGACUUUCUUUUUAAAGCACUUAAUGGUCUGAUUUUCAUAAAUGGACUGAGUUUAUAUCGCUUUUUGUCCAGAGCUUUUGCAUACUGUAUCCAAGUCAGAAUUCACCUAUUCAUUCAGAGGCUUCAACCUGCUCAAGGGAAGCUAACGCUCACAGCGUCAUGCCAUCGGGAGCAAUUCGGGGUUAAAUAGUUAGCCUAAUGAUACUUCCACAUGUUGAUCCCCCAAAACAACACUACCUCAGCUAAUGUAGCCAAAUGUGGACUACUACAGUGAACCAGUGAUGAGGGCCCGUCUCUUAAAGGCCGGCGCAAAAUAUAUACGUGAGUCUGUUUCCAUGGAACAUUUAACACAGCCAAAUCUGACCAUAUCUAUAACACCUGAGAACCUUACUUCAAAGGUGCUAUAUAUAAAUAAAUGUGCCUUGCCUUGAACUUUUCUUAGGCCUGAUUUAUCAGCUGUUAUUGUGAGAGGAACCUCAAGUGGGUCUCCUGUAACCUCUUAUGCACGUGUUAAAAAUAUUAGCUGUUUUUGUGUGUUUUCUUUUCUAUGUAUGUAUUUGUUGUGCCAUCACUGAGUUUGUAAAAAGAAAGAAAAGUAUUGAUAAAAAAAGAA